GUUUGCGCUGGCUCUGCUAUGUGGCCGUGCGGCUCGGGCUGUGAAGCGGCGGCGAAGCGCCUCAUCUCUGUACGAGGGCUGAUUUGAGGAAGCGGCUGUAGCCCCCCUUGAAUUCGCUUUGUUCGUCGCGUCGACGCCGAGUGCGAAUCUGCAACACCGCCGCUGCACCUUCGGCUUUCUGCAGACGCGACUAACGCCGUGCCUACUGGAAUGAGCCGUGGUAGGCAGUCGAGCGUUCAGGAUGAUAUAAGGGACUGGAAUGCGACUUCAGCGUUUGCAGCCACGGCGGAUACUUUUUCGGCAACUUUGUAACAAAAGGCGAAGGCUGGCCACGAUGACAGCGUCCAGACGCUGACUCGCAGAUGGGAGUAGCCGCAGGCUCGCAUACGCCGGCCAGCGAGGGAGCGAACUGCGGACACCGAGAGCCGUCAGCCGCCUAAAGCUGAGCGGAGGCAGCCCCUCAAGCUGCAUGACCGCCCCAUCGCCGCGCUGAUCCCAAUCCGCUUCGGAACCAGCAAAGCCGCUCCCCUCCACCCAGAAGAGAUCCGACUCCCGCGUCGGUCCCCAUGGCGGAGCCCGCAGCGGAAUGCGUCCGAGCGCCCCCUCCGCAGCCGGUUGCCGUGAGGACGGGUGGUGUGCCUGGCGGCGAGACGCGCCUCGAGGGCUCUGUCUCGAACGGGAACUGUGGGUUGCCCAGCACGCCUGGCCCCGGAUCUCCGGGACCCGACAGCCCGGCAGUCAGGGAGGUCAAUGCCUCUGCUGCGGGUCCGGACGCCAAAUCGGAAAUACCUCGACGAAGCAGUAUUAUUAAGGAUGGUUCGAGGCAGCGCAGGGAAAGGAAGAAGACUGUCUCCUUCAGCAGCAUGCCCACAGAGAAGAAGAUCAGCAGCGCCAGCGAUUGCAUCAACGCCAUGGUGGAGGGCUCUGAGCUGAAGAAGGUGCGCUCCAACUCUCGGGUCUACCACCGGUACUUCCUCCUGGAGGCUGACAUGCAGUCCCUCAGGUGGGAGCCCUCUAAGAAAGAGUCAGAAAAAGCCAAGAUUGACGUCAAGUCUAUCAAGGAGGUGCGAACGGGAAAGAACACGGACAUCUUCCGAGCCAAUGGCGUUUACGAUCAAAUAUCUGAGGACUGCGCAUUCUCUAUUAUAUAUGGCGAGAACUUUGAGUCCCUGGACUUGGUGGCAAACAGUGCAGAUGUGGCAAAUAUCUGGGUUACGGGUCUUAGGUAUAUGAUUUCUUACGGGAAGCACACGAUAGAUAUGAUUGAGAGCAGCCAGGACAACCUCCGCUCCUCCUGGCUGUCCGAGAUCUUCUCUGCUGCCGACAUCCGUAACAACAAGGAGAUAAGUCUCAGUUCGGCCACUGACUUGAUCAAACGCAUAAAUCCCGGUGUUAAAAACAUCAAAGUCGAGCUAAAGUUCAAGGAGUUCCACAAAGCCAAAGACAAAAUCGGGAGUGACGUCACCAAGGAGGAGUUCAUCGAAGUCUUUCAUGACCUCUGCACCCGACCUGAGAUUUACUUUCUGUUGGUCCAGUUCUCCAGCAACAAAGAGUUUCUGGACACCAAGGAUUUGAUGAGGUUCUUGGAGGCAGAGCAAGGCAUGGUGCAGGUCAGUGAAGAAACCAGCCUGGAGGUGAUACUGAAGUAUGAGCCUUCAAAGGAAGGUCGUGUCAAUGGUUGGCUGUCCCUCGAUGGCUUCACCAAUUACCUCACGUCACCCGAGUGCCACAUAUUUGACCCUGAGCACAAGAAGGUAUGUCAGGACAUGACCCAGCCCAUCUCCCACUAUUACAUCAACUCUUCCCACAAUACCUACCUAAUUGAGGACCAGUUCCGUGGCCCCUCUGACAUCACAGGGUACAUUCGUGCUCUCAAGAUGGGCUGCAGGAGUGUGGAGCUGGAUGUCUGGGAUGGGCCAGACAACGAACCAGUUAUUUACACGGGCCACACAAUGACAUCGCAGAUAGUCUUCCGAAGUGUCAUUGACGUCAUCAACCGUUAUGCUUUCGUUGCCUCCGAUUUCCCCUUGAUUCUUUGUUUGGAGAACCACUGUUCAAUAAAGCAGCAAAAGGUGAUGGUCCAGCACCUAAAAAAAAUCUUGGGAGAUAAAAUCCACACUGAUCCUCCAAAGGCAGAUGAGAACUACUUGCCUUCUCCUUCUGACCUGAAAGGAAAGAUUUUGCUGAAGGGUAAGAAAUUGCCAGCAAACUGCACCGGCACUGAAGGGGAUGUGACUGAUGAGGACGAAGGGGCUGAAAUGUCACAGAGGAUGAACAGCGACGGGGGAGAGCAGCAAAAUGUUUCACCACCCAAGAGGUUCCAGCUCUUAAAAGAGCUUUCUGACUUGGUGACGUUGUGCAAAUCUGUUGCGUUUAAGGACUUCCAGGCUGCAUUCCAGAACCAAAAGUACUGGGAGUUCUGUUCAUUCAACGAGGCCUUCGCCAGCCGCUGCACAAGCGACCACCCUGGUGACUUUGUCAACUAUAACAAGAAGUUUUUAGCCCGAGUUUACCCAAGCCCCAUGAGAAUCGACUCGAGCAACAUGAACCCCCAGGACUUCUGGAAGUGUGGCUGCCAGAUUGUAGCCAUGAACUUCCAGACUCCAGGCCUCAUGAUGGACCUGGACAUCGGCUGGUUUCGGCAAAAUGGCAACUGUGGUUACGUCUUGCGUCCUGCUAUAAUGAGAGAGGAAGUUUCCUAUUUCAGAGCUAACUCCAAAGACUCUGUCCCCGGUGUGUCGCCUCAGCUUUUCCAUAUCAAGAUCAUCAGCGGGCAGAACUUCCCCAAACCUAAGGGCUCUGGUGCCAAGGGGGAUGUUGUUGAUCCCUAUGUCUACGUGGAAAUACACGGUAUUCCAGCUGACUGUGCUGAGCAGAAGACGAAAACGGUCAACCAGAAUGGCGACAAUCCCAUCUUCGACGAGAGCUUCGAGUUUGAGAUCAACCUGCCGGAACUAGCGAUGGUGCGCUUUGUUGUGUUGGAUGACGACUUCAUUGGGGAUGAGUUCAUUGGACAGUACACCAUCCCAUUUGAGUGCAUCCAGCCUGGCUUUCGCCAUGUCCCCUUAUAUUCACUCACGGGCGACCUGCUGCCCCACGCCUGGCUGUUUGUCCACGUGGCCAUCACCAACCGCCGGGGUGGGGGCAAGCCGCAUAAGCGGGGGCUGUCUGUGCGGAAAGCCAAACGGAAUCGGGAAUAUGCCACAAUGAGGAUAUUGGUCAUCAAAGCCGUGGAUGAGGUCUUCAAGACUGCCAUGCAGCCACUGAAAGAGGCUACGGACCUCCGUGAGAACAUGCAGAGCACCAUCGUGCCCUUCAAGGAGCUUUGCGGCCAGCCGGCGGUGGCCAACCUCAUGCAGUGCAUCCUGGCUCUGUCGGCCCACCUAACCGGGGCGGAUGGCAGCGCUCUGCUGCUCUUCAACCUCAGCGACCAGUAUCCCAUGCUGGAGCCCCAGGGCGUGCUCCCGGACGUGCUGAAGAAGGUGGUCACCACCUACGAAUCGAUGAUCCAGGCAAGCAAAGUGCUGGUGGACAAUGCUGACAUUGUGUGUGAGAGGAUCCUACACACACAAAGAGCAGCGAUGGAGUUCCACGAGAAUCUACACGACUUGGCCACGAAGGAGGGGCUGAAGGGCAGGAAGCUGAUUAGGGCGGUGGAAAACUUCUCCUGGAACAUCACCAUCCUGAAGGGCCAGGCAGAUCUGCUGAAACACGCCAAGAAUGAGGUCCUAGAGAACCUGAAGCAAAUCCAUCUCACGGCGCUCACCUGUAACCUGUACAAGGGCACACCCGGGCCCAUGGCCUCGGCCGCGGAGAGGAACAAGCCACGGCGCAGCCUGGAGGCCAUUCCGGAGAAGGCCCAGGCGGAGGAGGACCUCCAGACCGACGAGGACUGAGGGCCAGGGGCCCCACAAACACCCCGUUCCACACCUGAACCAUCAGAUUCCCCAUUCUCCCCUCCCCUCCCCUCCCCCAGUAUCGCAAGGGCAAACUGGGCCAGAGUGGACGGUGAAACGUAGCAGGACGGCUGCCUUCGUUCUGCCGGGUGGAUCUCAAAGCACAAGAACAGGUGGAGUCUCGUGCAGAACCCAGAGAGGUGAAUGUAGCAGGAGGGAGGUGAGGGGGACAGGGGGAGGUGAGGGACAGGGGGAGGUGACGGACAGGGCGUCCCCUCCCAGCAGCCACCUGGCUCCUGUUGCAUCUCUGUACAGUUCCAAGUCUUUUUUUUUAUUUUUUAUGUGCAAUGACUUAUUUUUUUGUCGUUUUUCUGUGAAAGUUCAUCUAUUAGCGCCGAGCAGAAGAAGCUGCUUCUUGUCGAGUAUUUUAUUUAUGUGCUUUGUGAAGGUCACCCUUAGGGGGCGCUCUGGGUCCGCUCCCCCUGGGCUGGUCCAGAGCGGAGGCUGGUGGCUUUGCUCCGCCCCCCCUCCCCCCUCCCCCCUCCAGGAAUCCAUGGGUAACAGUGUUUUGAGUCAGAGCUGCAGCUUUGAAAAAUGAACAAUACAUAUGUAAACAAGCAAAAAAAAAUAAUAUUAAAAACAAAUGAGUAGCGGGGGGGGGUCUCAGCAGCUGAUUGGCCGUGGUGUGCACGGCUUGGUCGGUCUACACAAGGGAUGAUGCAAACGGCCGCGUAACUUAUUGAUUUACUGAACCAUUCCAUUUGGGAGAGGAGCCCAAAUGUCUGAGGCCUCAUCACUGCCAUUAAAUUGUUGAUGGGAGGGACCAGGAUGUCACAUGGUCACAUGGUCCCUUCUGAGCCACUUACCAUCAUCCAGUUGCCAAACUUCUAGCUUGUAGUUCUGGUCUUGUCUCUUGGUGAGUUAUGCUGGGGCCUGAUUCCAUGACCGACUGUGUUUAAUCCCUUUAUGAUUAAAGUGGAUUCGGCUCAGUAGUUUUAACAAAGGGGGGGCCCAUACACAUUUUUAAUGUAUGUUAAAACGUCCCCAAGUGGAAAUAUGCCAAUAACUGCCACUUUCAUAUGUAAUUUUAUGCAUAUAUUGUAGAAUUUGUGAUUUUACAAUAUUACAUAUUUUGACAGUGACAUUUUAUAUUUUUAUUUAAUGUUUUGUAGAAGUCCUGGUGAACUUCCAUCUCCAAUGGAGUCCAUGAUUAACCAGUGUUUUAAAGUUGACCCAAUUUCCAAAAGAUGGAAAAAACAAGUAAUUUUAUAGCUGAACAGUAUUGUGGAUGUGGGUAAUACUCGUAUCCCCAGUUCAUUGUUUACAACCCUUUAAUUCACUCCUGGUUUCGGUUUGAGUUCCCGACCCUGUUCUGAUGCCAGUCUACUAUGAACCAACAGGCAAAUAAAUCAGUUCUUUCAUUAAUCAA